UUUCAGUCAUCUUUGAAAUCACGAGGCUAUAAUUCUUGAAUUUCAGAUUGAAGAAAUUUGCCUGUAUCGUUGAAAAUAUAUUUCGUAUUAUCCUCUAACAAUGGCUUUACACAUCCCCAAAGCACCAGGAGUGCCCCAGAUGUUGAAAGAGGGAGCACGGAUGUUCUCUGGUUUGGAGGAAGCAGUAUAUCGUAAUAUAACUGCUUGUAAACAGUUUGCCCAAAGUGUUCGAUCUGCUUACGGUCCAAAUGGGAUGAACAAAAUGAUUAUCAACCACAUUGACAAACAGUUUGUUACUAGCGAUGCUGGUACAAUUAUUAGAGAACUCGAUGUGGAGCACCCAGCAGCCAAAUUGAUGGUUCUCGGCAGUCAAAUGCAAGAUGCAGAAGUGGGUGACGGUACCAACUUUGUGAUUGUGUUGUCUGGUGCUCUAUUGGAAGCCGCUGAAGAAUUGCUCCGACUGGGCGUAACAACCAGUGAGAUAGCUGAGGGCUAUGAGAGGGCACUUGAUAAGUGUCUAGAAAUCCUUCCCGAGCUGGUCUGUCAAAAAAUAACUGACUUCAAAGAUAUUCCAGGAAUCACACAGGCCAUUCAGUCUUCUAUUAUGUCUAAACAGUAUGGUUAUGAAGAUUUCAUUGCUGGACUCGUGGUUAAAGCCUGUGUGGGUUUGUUGCCUGAGAAAACUACUUUCAAUGUGGACAAUGUUAGGAUUUGUAAGGUCCUUGGAGCUGGUCUCCUCCAAUCAGAAGUAUUAUCUGGAAUGGUAUUCAAACGUGAAGUAGAAGGGGAUGUCGGUUCUGCCACUCAAGCCAAAGUAGCUGUGUACUCUUGCCCUGUAGAUAUCACACAAACUGAAACCAAAGGCACCGUUCUGAUCAAAACAGCUGAUGAACUUCUGAACUUCAGUCGUGGUGAGGAGUCACUCCUCGAAAAGCAAAUAAAGGACAUUGCUGAUGCAGGUGUGAAGGUAGUCGUUGCUGGAGCUAAGUUUGGUGAUAUGGCUCUACAUUACCUGAACAAACAUGGACUAAUGGCAGUACGUCUCAAUUCUAAAUUUGACCUCAGACGUCUGGCAAAAACUGUCAAUGCUACUGUGCUGCCCAGACUAACUACUCCUACUGCAGAGGAACUCGGCUACUGUGAUGUUGUGAAGGUGGAGGAAGUAGGAGACACCAGAGUGGUUGUGUUCCGUAUGGAGAGCACGGAGUCGCGCAUCACCACCGUCGUCAUCAGGGGGUCCACUGACAACUUCAUGGAUGACGUUGAGAGAGCUAUUGAUGAUGGUGUCAACACUUUCAAGGGCAUCACCCGUGAUGGGCAAUUCGUCCCUGGUGCUGGAGCAACAGAAAUUGAAUUGGCUCAAAGGCUUCUUCAGUAUGCCGACACCCUUCCUGGACUUGAACAAUAUGCUGUAAGGAAGUUUGCAGUCGCCUUAGAGAGCAUUCCACGAGCCCUGGCAGACAACUCUGGUGCCAAUGCUACAGAGGUUGUCAAUAACAUCUACAAAGCACACAAGGAGGGUAACAAAAAUGCAGGAUAUGACAUUGACUCUGAAAACAAUGGUGUCACAGAUGCCAAAGAAAAAGGUAUUCUUGAUGCUUACAUUCUUAAACAGUGGGGAUUGAAAUAUGCAGUAGGAGCAGCCACAACAAUCCUAAAGGUUGACCAAAUUAUCAUGGCCAAGCGAGCAGGAGGUCCUAAACCGAAGCAACCAGCAGGAAGUGAUGAUGAAUCUUAAGUCAGCUUACAUACUAAU